AUGACUAUCUCUGAGCAAGGAUUCACAACUUAUGUAUCAAUGGAUAGUAACACAAUCAUCUUGAGGAUGCAAAGACAGCAACCAAAGAAUCAUGUGAGUCCAGAUCAUCACAUUAGCCAUACAACAAGCUUACUUGUUCUGCACUGCUUUAUUGUCAGAUUUCUCUGUCUACUUCAUGCUCCUAGGUUUCCACAACAUGAAACAAUGAGAAGACUUAUGUUGACUAGCAGAGAAGCAGCCCGUCCUAUGACUGCAUCCAGCCUCAAUAUGAAACCACCUAGCAUGCCUUCAAUGGAAUACAAGACAAAACAAAAGGGAGGAGAGUUUUCAGAACAGAGGUUAAUGGGAGUGUCUGCAUCAGCUAUGGUUGAAACAGUAUCUGCGUCCACCUUUAAUGACACACUGCCAGGCAGGGCACCAACUGAAUAUACCGAUAAUCAAAUAGAAGGAGAGUUUUCAGAACAGAGGAUAAUGGGAGUGUCUGCAUCAGCUAUGGUUGAAACAGUAUCUGCGUCCACCUUUAAUGACACAAUGCCAGGCAGGGCACCAACUGAAUAUACCGAGAAUCAAAUAGAAGGAGAGUUAAUGCAGUGACUGGAGGGUGUUGUACAAAGGGCACAGCAUAAGGUGUGGAGCUGAAGCAUGAGUGCAGUCUAAUAACAGAUACAGUUUCUUGAGUAUAGAGAAACCCAAAACACACACUUGGAGUGA